AUGGAAAUGGCUGAGAACAAAUGAAUAGAAAUUGCUGUAAAAACUGCAGAGCUAGAGAAAUGGAGAAUUGAGAAAGAUGUAAAAGUGCUUUCAAAAAGUCUGGAGUUUUUAAAAUCAAGGUAUUAUAGGCUACAAAUGUGCCACAAUCCAAUAAGAAAACCAAUAUUGCUGGCGGAAAUUGAGAGUGGAAUAGAAGAAUAUAAUGGGGAAGUAUAAACUUGAGGGAUUAGGAUUAUUAAAAGUCAGGUGCUAACUAUUUUGGUGACGCAGUCACCAAAGUACUUCCGUACGGGAAGUUCUACCGCUUUCGACUCCAGCCCAGAGGGUCUUUUAAGGUGGAUGCUUGAUCAAGCACAGAUGCCAACCCCCCACGCCCCAAUGCAUGGAUCCCACCCCCUAUGUUAAUAGAUCCCACCCCCCCACCCCCUCUAUCAUAUAGGUAAACAUAUAAGUAUAAAAUCUUACAAAUAAGACAUACAAUAAAAAUUUUAGUUAAUUCAUAAAUGGAUUCAUAAAUAGAUUCAUAAAUAAAUAUUAAUGAUCAUAAGUAUAUUUAGCAUAGACUGAUAUAGCCAAUAUAUUAGUAAUACAUUUAAAAUAAAAUAAUUGCAAAAAACUUGUUACAUAGAAAGGAAUCAAUAAAUGACUCAAAAAAAAUAUUUUGAUAUCUCUAUAAAGUCUUUUACUCCCCCCAUUUAAUAACGAACACUUUUUUAGUUCGUUAUUAAAUGGGUCUAACUUAUAAAAUUCUUGGGAAAAAAAAUAUAUAAAAUUUAUAUUAAAUAUCUAUGAUUUUUUAUAUAAAAAUUUCAAUAAAAGGGUUAAUAAUAAAAAAGUCAAAUGAUGGCAACAUAAAGAGAAAGCGCCUAAAUUCAUGCGAAAAAAAUAACUAUUGCUAACUCCUCCCCUCCGUGAGCGAACAAAACCAUUAGAAAAGUCCCUCACUCUUCGUGAGCAAACAAAAAUUUUUUUAAUAGAAAAAUUUUUUAUGGAAAAAAGUUUGAUAUAUAAGCGAUAAUUAUUUAUAAUGAAAUCUCUGCCUAAUUCUUUUUAAUUUUAAACAAAUUGCGUUUUAAAACAUAAAUUUUACAAAUUCAAUUAAUAUUUGCUUUCCAAUUUUUGCGAAUUAGGAUUUUUUUAAAUUUCGUAAAAAAUAAUAUUUCUAUAAAUUUAUAUAUAAAUUUAAAAAAAAAUAAUCUCCUUCGUGAGCAAACGAUAUUUUUUUGUUCACUUACGGAGGGGGGGAGUAAAGCACCAUCUUAAGAUUAAGCCACUAUUAGCUCUUAUUUAUUACUCUUUGCUUGAUUAUGCUUGUCUUUAUCUUACUCUAACUACUUAAAAUUAGUAAACUGUAAAGACUAAAUUAGCCUAUAUAAAUUAUAUAGUAAAUUUUGUUAGGUAUUAAAUGGGCCUAAGGAAAAAUUUUUAGGAAAAAAAAUGACUGUUUUGUUCGUUAUUAAAUGGCGGGGGGAGCUAGCCUGCAUUCUUUGGAAAUUUUUGACCUUUAUAUGAUUUAAAACAGGAGGUAUGUGCUUGAAGGUUCAUUGAAAAUAUGCUUCCUCGUUAGCAAACUGUAUCCGAUUUUUUUUAUCAUCCCUAUGACUUUGAAUUUUUUUAUGCUGUGAGCAAUUAAUACGUUUUAUUUGCCUUUAAUACAGUUUACAUUAUAUAGGGGGGGGUGGGGGUGGGGGUGGCAUCUAUUAAUGGAAUGGGGGUGUGGGUGGGAUCCAUAGAUGCAAGGGGGGUGGGGGUGUGAUCCAUACAUACUAUCUGAGGGGGUGGGGGUGUGAUCCAUACAGGGGGUGGGGGGUGUGAUCCAUACAGGGGUGGGGGUGUGAUGUAUACAUCCAAAACUGGGGGGGGGUGGGGGUUGGGGGGUUGGCAUCUGUGCUUGACCAGAUGCUCUUCCAGUUCCUUCUGUCUCCUCAUGUCUUGAAGCUUCAAUCUUGAGUGAAUGUUUUAUGGAUUUCUACGACCCUGCUGCGACGAUUGGAGUAGUUUCAUCUCAUGGAUCCUUGGAGUCUAUUGGGUGCCGAAAUGCAUUCCUUCGCUAGCUACAGGAAAAAGCCUGAUCUCCUUUGGCCUGGGCUGAAACCCUCAGUUUCUCGUAGACAUGCUGCCAUUUUAAUGUAUAUGAAUAAACUUGAGGAAUAUUUAUAAUAAUUUAAGGAUUAUUACGUUAAUAUAAAAAAUUAGAUAUUGGUACUAAAUUAUGAUGGAGAGUAUAUAAUAAAAGAUUUAGUAGCAGAAAAAUUAUAUUGCAGCCAGCAUAAGCAAAAUGCUGAAGAAAUCAAAAAAGAAUUAGAAGGUUCAUAUCGUAUUGAUGCAAAACUAUUAGAAAAAAUCGAAAAUUUAAUAGAAAGUUAUAGAAGAGUUUUAGAUGAAAUUGAGAAUUUUAAAGAAAAAAGUGAAGAUUUAAACCAAAAAUUAGAAUCACAUACAGAGCCUCCAACAGAAUCUCCCAAUUUUGAUACAAAUUUGCUUUACUAUUUCAAAAAGAACAGCAAAAUCAUAAAUAAAAUCGACCUCACAACCCAAGAAAAAAAAGAAAUUCCUCUAAAUCUCCCAGAAGCUAUAAACUCAACAAUCUCUAUAUGCCAUAUCCCUGGAAAUAAAUUAUUUUGUUUUGGCAAUGCAGGGCGCAAAUCCAGAUACCCCAAAAUUACUUUUUCCCUUGAUUCUUCUUUAGCCAUUAAGUAUCAUGCGAAUAUAUACAAAUCGAUUUCUGCGUCAGGCUCAAUAUAUCAUGAAAAUCACGUCUAUUCAUUUGGUGGUUCAAAAUAUGGAGAAAGGUCGGUUGAAAACUCUUAUAAAUAUUCUAUAAAGGACGAUGUCUGGUUUAAAUUGCCUCCAAUGCCUCAGCCAGCUGACCAUUGUUCAUGCACUGCUAUGGAGCAAUAUAUUUUAGUUAUAGGGAAUGACCAAAUACACCCUUUUUUGUAUGACACUGAGCUGAAGUCUUUUUCGACGCUGGAUUUAGAUUUAAAUACAGAUUUUGUAUAUGUAACGUUUACUAGAGGGAGAAAAAGCUAUAUUUUAGAAAGUGAUGGGCCAGCUUAUGAAAGCGGGAUAAUGGAUAUUUUUUCGUGGAAUAAGAUGAAUAUCUCUGUAAAUUUCAAGGAUAAUGCUAUAUCAUAUAUAGCGUUUUCAGGGGAUAUAAUUAGUUUUGCGACUGAAUGCAAGUUUAUUUAUAGAUUUAACUUACUCCCUCUAUAGGAGCUAUAUUAAAUUUAUUUCAGAUAUCCAAAAUAUUUCAAAAAAAAUUCAAUAUGUAAUAUUUGCUAAAAAUUUGUUAAUUAUAAAUAGAAAAAAUAUUUACUCUUAUAAAUUGGAGAGUUAGGCGAAAGAAAAUUCUGAGAAAUUAAAACUAAAAACAUUUAG